AUGUGGGACGCGCGGGAGGCCGAAAAAGGGCACUGGCCACUGGGUAAAUUCAAUGAUUACAGCGGGGCGGGGGUCAACCUUCGCAUACCUUCUUCCACCCCAUCGCUGGUCAAGACGUUUGGCAAGCUUACUCGCCAGGCUUUACUUGACCUUGUCUUCCAGUGGCUUGAGGAUGGCAAUGUCCAGCACUUUCCGCCAUAUCUCCAAGCCAACGAAGGCAGCAAAAGGGAAGAAGAGGGUGAUGACGACGGACUCCGUCCCUAUCCUGCUGAGCGGACUAUCAACGGGGUUCGCAACGCCUACCAGGAGCUGCAGUUUCGGAAAGGGGGGAAACGCGAAGUCAUAGAUCGGAUUCUCGAAGGCGACUGGCGACAUGGCAUCACACUUCGUCAGCUGGCAAUGGUCGACCUGCGCUACAUGGAUGACCAUCCGUCGAGUCUGCGCUGGACAGCUUUAGAACUCGCUCGCAUCGACAACUCGUCCUCGAACGAAUCAUCCGCGUGCAUACCGCGUGUUCACGCAUCGACUUUCCUAAGCAGUCUUCAGCAACAAAUCUCUCCCCUAGUAAAAGCCCACUACCAUCUUGCCCGGUCGACCUCUCUUCCCCUCACCGUGCUCCGUGUCUUCGUCACCACCUCGCCUUACCAGAAUGCCCCUCGUCAGAGUGCCGAAUCUCUCACCGACUCGUCUAGAACUAUCUAUGUCGCUUUCCCAGACAGUUGCCCAUUCUUUUACACAUCCAUGGCUUCUCCCCAGACAGCCUCCAAGGCUAGUUCCGCUCUCCCGAACUCCCUCGUCGCAACAGACGUUCGCAGCCUCCAGCGUCUGGUCCGAGAUGCUAUUCCUAAAGCCCUCUCUCUUCCCCAUCAACGAUAUACCGUCAAGCCCACCUCCUUAACAGCAAAGAGUCUCGAAGCCCUGCUCGCCCUUCGGGGCCCCGGUCGAUCCAAUCACGCCAACGGUGCAUUCAGUAUCUUCGCAGACGCCGCCUUGGAAGGAAGCCCCUUGGACCCACGGCCAUCCAACACCGUCUCUCCGGAGGAGCAUAACCGCCAAUCAGCGUCGGUUCGCUCCAGGGAUUCGGCCGGGAAAGAGAACACGGCGACUGACGCAAAGGAAGCCACCCUUGAAAACAGAAGGGCCUCUAAGCGAUCUCUCGCUGACUCCAAGGAACCCGGUACCUCCAAGAAGCGGACUCUGGCCCUGCAGUCCCGUUUCGGCACUUCGGGUACCUUGUCUUCUGCGCCGCUUGAUCGACUCGAUGUUAGGCUACUCGAUGCCUUACCAGGUGAUGCAAAGCCAACAGAGCACGCUCAACAACCAACAGUCUCGCUGGCAUUCGCUGGUACGGAUGUGAUUGGUGGGAUUCGAAAGCUUGCGGAGUUGGGUGUUAUUGACGCGGAGAGGAUGCCUUGCUGGAUGACGGGUGAGGAAGGGGUCAGUGUCCUUGCGGUGAGAGAGGGGAGGAGAGUGAGUAAAGCCGGUAGAUGA